AUGCCUUUGAAGGUAUUUUCUCAAGAUGCAGAGGUGUGUUUGCUAUGUAACAUCCCCAGAGAAGAUGCAGAGCAGGAGGAAGAAGAGGAGGAAAUGGCAGCUUCUCAGGGACGGCUGACAUUCCAGGAUGUGGCCAUAGACUUCACUCAAGAGGAGUGGGAAUGCCUGGACCUCGGUCAGCGGGAAUUGUAUAGGGAUGUGAUGUUAGAGAACUACAGGAACCUGGCCUCCUUGGGUCUUGUGGUCUCUAAGCCAUACCUGGUCACCUUUCUGGAGCAAAUGAAGGAUUCCAGGAAUAUAAGGAGAAUGGAGACAACACCCAUAUACACAGGUAUGUCUGAAUGGAUGGAGCCUAUGACUCAGGUGAGAGGUCCAAGGAUCAGUGAGGAAAUCAGCCUUUGUCAUGUGGUUUGGGAAAAUCUGCUUCAGUGGAAAUGA